AAUUUGUCUUUAUUGUGGACUUUGUUUGAGUUAAAGGGCACUUUAGAGAAAGCACGAGCGACGAAUCUUGAAGACUCACCUCAUCACAAGAAAAAGCAGAGAGAACAGUGGGAAGUGAAAGCAAGUCCAAUCCCUCCGCUCCCACUCCUCACUUGCCAGUUCAUCAUCAUCUCUUCCAACUUUCUCUAGAUCUUCUUCUUAUUCUCUUGUUUGGUAUUGGUAGAAAAAACAAUUUUGAAUGAAGAAAAUCAAAUAAAUUAUAUUUUUGAUGAGAAAUAAUGCAAGGUUCUGUAGCUGAAGUAGCAGAACCAGCAGAGGACAUUGAAGAACUUAACACAACACUCCUUUUCAACUUCAAUGGCUAUCUCUAACUCUAACAACCUCAUCUUUCUCCUUUCCAUCCUCUCAUUUUCCUUCCUCUCCAUUUCCACCCCAGGUGAAACUUCAAAUUCAAAUUUCCAAAUUAAACAACAACAAAAUGAAGAACAAGAAAGAGGUCCAUUCGUUGGUGUCAACAUUGGAACAGACAUUCAAAACAUGCCAUCUACCUCAGACUUAGUUUCAUUUCUUCAGUUACAAAAAAUAACACACAUUCGUAUCUACGAUGCAAAUCCAGACAUCCUUAAAUCUUUGUCGGAUACUAAAAUUCGUGUCAUCAUUAGUGUCCCCAACAAUCAACUCCUUGCAAUUGGUUCUUCUAACACAACUGCAGCUUCAUGGAUCCAACGAAACAUCGUUGCUUAUUACCCACAAACAUUAAUCACCGGAAUCUCCGUCGGUGACGAGGUUCUUACCACUGUUCCUUCUUCUGCACCUCUUCUUCUUCCUGCUAUGCAAUCUCUUUACAAUGCUCUUGUUUCUUCAAAUCUUCAUAAUCAAAUUAAAGUUUCAACUCCUCAUGCUGCUUCUAUUAUUCUUGACCCUUUUCCACCUUCUCAAGCUUUUUUUAACCAAACCCUUGUUUCUGUAAUUUUACCUAUUCUUCAGUUUCUUUCUAAAACUCAAUCUCCUUUGAUGAUGAAUCUUUAUCCUUAUUAUGUUUUCAUGCAGAACAAAGGUGUUGUUCCUUUAGAUAAUGCACUUUUUAAACCUGUUACUCCUAAUAAAGAAAUGGUGGAUCCUAAUACUUUGCUUCAUUAUACUAAUGUUCUUGAUGCUAUGAUUGAUGCUGCUUAUUUUUCGAUGAAGAAUCUUAAUGUUACUGAUGUUGUUGUUCUUGUUACUGAAACUGGUUGGCCUAGUAAAGGUGAUUCCAAAGAGCCUUAUGCUACUAAAGAUAAUGCUGAUACUUAUAAUUCAAAUUUGAUUAAGCAUGUUUUUGAUCAUAGUGGAACACCUUUGCAUCCUGAAGCUACUUCUAGUGUUUUUAUUUAUGAGCUUUUCAAUGAGGAUUUGAGGUCUCCACCGGUUUCGGAGGCUAAUUGGGGGCUUUUUUAUGGGAAUACGUCGGCGGUUUAUUUGCUUCAUGUGUCUGGGAUUGGGACUUUUUUGGCGAAUGAUACGACAAAUCAGACGUAUUGCAUUGCGAUGGAUGGUUUUGAUUCGAAGACAUUGCAGGCAGCGUUGGAUUGGGCUUGUGGACCGGGGAGGGCGAAUUGUUCGGAGAUUCAGCCAGGAGAGAGCUGCUAUAGGCCUAAUAAUGUUAAGAAUCAUGCUUCUUAUGCUUUUGAUAGCUAUUACCAGAAAGAAGGGAAGGCUCCUGGAAGUUGUGAUUUCAAAGGAGUUGCUAUGAUCACUACCACAGAUCCCAGUCACGGGAGCUGUGAAUUUCCUGGAAGCAAGAACGUAAGCAACAAGACAAAGGAAGUGGUGAACUCUACUCAUACAAGCAAUGCAGGGGAGAAGUUAAGGUUCAGAAUCAUCAAAAUAAUUACAAUUAACAACAUUUUGCACAUUUUCUUGACAUGUCUCUCCCCUUUGUUGUUAGUCCUUUUAUGAAGUGCAGAUAAUUCAAUUUUUUCCAUUAUGGAAUUUUGUGUUAGAGUUGAGGUAACUAAGAUUGCAAGAGAAAAUGAAUGAUGAUCUGUAGGUCUAAUCUUAGACUUAGUGCUUAUUAAUAUUAUAGAUGCUUCCCUUUUUAAUAA